CCAUUGUCAAAGUCAGAAAUGGACCUCGAUGAAGUCCUCGACACCAUACACCUCUCGGAGCAGUGGGGUCACGUCAUCACCACCGAAGAGGGCCUCAUCCUCCACAACUCCCUCCUCAUCCUCCAGAACGAGAACCACUUCCGCCGCAUCUUCUUCUGGGGCCGAAUCCGCGGCACCGACAACGACUACUACAUAGCCUUCGGCUACCGAACGGACGCCCUCCUCGACCGAACCUUCUACUACAGCACGAACUGCCUCAACUGGGGACUACUCCCCCUCCCCACCGAAUACGCCAAGAAACUCACCCCUCUAUGCACAGCCAUGUUUCAAGGCGACCCCGCUCUAGUUCUAGACGUGCUGCUCGAAAAGGACGAAAUCUCCUUCGGCGACCCGCUGCCCGAGCCCCAGGUGAAAAAACUCAAAGAGGAGGAUCGCUUAUCAGCGACGGUGUUUUUUAUCAAUGAGGAGGCGGCGGUGGUGCCCAGAGGGGCGCUGUAUAAGCGGGCGGACGGGGUGAUAGUGCACAAUUUGGCGUUCGAGGGGUUGACUCCAGUGGAGGCGCGGGAGACGAUCUGUUUUUUGCAUUAUAGGGUGCCCAAGCAGAAAUGGAACACGAAUUUGUUGACGAGGGAUGAUUAUAAUGUAGCGAUAGAUUUUCUGGAUUCGGUAGAUGUGGAUAUUCCCGAGGGGUGCUGGACGGUUAAUAUGACGGCGAGCGAAGAGGUGGUGGUGCUCAAGACGCUGUACUGGCCGGGGAUGUUUUUUUACCAUUGGGUGAAGACGCCCAAACACGGGUUUCUUUAUUUCGGGACGGGGGUGAAGUGUCUGGAUGUGCCGUUCUUCCUCAACGGAUUGUAUCCAGUGGUUGAGGACUUCUUCCACCCGAAGUGAAUUAUUUUUACGG